UGGAAAUCAGCUAUGCGGAUCGGUCCGCAGGUGGCGUUGAAGCGCCUCGUACGCAUCAAAAAGCAACCAACGAAGUUUCACUCACCUCCAUUUCUCUGAUCUCAAAGGCUGGGUAAAGAGUUUGAUUGUACUAAUUCUGUCUGGUUGCAACGGACAAAACUAAGUCGUGUGGCUACCGCCGAGCCCUCGGACCAAGCCUGGUCUGCGGCCCUUACACAGACAAAGUCUAAUGUCGUAACUAUACCUGGACGACACCUUUUUUGACUCUUGACACAGGGCUGCCGGGAUCACUGAUAUUAUUAUCUGGAGCCGGGGCUCGUCUGGAGAAAAAAAAAGGAAAAUAUGCUGCGCAAAGUAUUAGCGCCAUCGGUCGAUUGUUUUGAUGGCAAUCGAGCUCAUGUGCGGAAGGCUGCCACCUUGUUUCGGCCUCAGGCUGCGGACCUAUCGAUAUCAUAUUCACACGAAGGCUGCCACCCCCGUUCAGGAUAUAAAAGCAUCCUCCUACCCCUUCUUUUUUUUUCUCACUCCUGUACACCCACUCCCAACACUCUUUACUAUCCCCUCACACUCCCUCAUCAUGUUCAAAGGUGCAGCAAUCGUUCUCCUCCUCACCUUGACAUCCUUUGUCACGGCUGCAAUCAGCCUCCCCCAUGGUGAACGUCCUCUGCACCGCCGUAGUGGCUGGGUCCGUCGUGCCCAGGAAGAGCGUCAAUUGUCCCAUGGUCAUCAAGACCACUCCUCCGCCGGAGGCUUCUCGCCAGCCAUUGGUGCAGUUGUGCAGACUACUACCACCAGCACAUCUGAUGCCACUGCGGACACUACGGACACUACGCAGACUACGGAAACUACUCAGGCCACCACGACUACGACCACUUCAGCGUCAUCGUCCACUAACUCCGCUUCCAGUAUCGUCGCGGCCACGUCGUCGAGCCCAAACACCGGAGAGAUCACCUACUACAGCACUGGUUUAGGUGCUUGCGGUGAAACAAGCAGUGACACUGACCGCAUUGUUGCGCUCUCCGAAGAUCUCUUUGACGCCUACACCACGGAUGGCAACACGAACGACAACACCUUGUGUGGCAAAACUAUCCACAUCGAAUAUGGCUCAAGCUCCACUGACGUGACCGUGGUGGACCGAUGCACUGGAUGCUCAAUCACAGACCUGGAUCUAUCCCCCACCGCGUUUACCGACUUGGCCGAUGAGAGUGAAGGUCGUCUAACCGGCGCCACAUGGUAUUUCUCGUCUUAAAACUAUACCCCUCGUUACAGUUCUAGAAGAUUAAAGUAGCUUAUCGGAUUGGUCUACUGGAUAGGUCACCACUGUUAUUUAGGGCCUGGCGCCGUUGGUAUUAUCCGACCUGUUGUACUACUUGUACUGGUUUAAAUGUUAUCG